ACGCCAACUGUUUGUCGCUGUUACAAGAUAAAGACAAGUCGCGUCUUCACCAAAUUAAGCAGGUGAAUUUGAAGUAAUCCAAACCAUAACUGUCCCCUCUCUAUUUGGCUCUGACCAAGUGGGUAUUGUUCUACAAAUGGAUAAUGGAGACUGGGGCCAUAGGGUCCUUGAAGUCCUUGAAGUUGAAAACAAAACUUUCAUGGCCCUUGAAAGAUUUUGAAAAUUGCCCUAAAUAGACGAGGAAAGUGCUUGAAUUUUGUGCAGUAAAGAAGUUAAGUUGAUAUUUAGGUAAAUGUCUCGUUUGUUUAUUACGCCGCCACUAGGUGGAACUAGGCCUACGCAGAACAAACAUUGAGUCGUAAUUACUAGAUCUCUGCCUCACCAAAGAAAAUUACAAGGACUGACUUUGACCAAGAUCACAAGGAGAAUCACUUGUCCAGAUGCAGAGUGUGCUGCAAAUCAAUAGAAGUGGACACCAUGGGUGACAUGGUUCUUACAAGUUGCCCUCCCAUCUUAAGCUGUGUCCUUACAUCCGGUCCUUGAAUUUGAGAGAAACGGUCCUGGAAAGUACUUGAAUUAGAUGCCAACCAAGGUGUGGGACUGUGGGAGCAUCAUCAAGCAUUGCAGAACAGCCUUGUGGAUCCAUUGUGUCACUUUACUUGUUUUGCGUGCUGCAGAAGUGUAGAAAUAUUGACAUGACAGACUCAUGAUGGUCACCAGGCGUCAGGCCCACUUGUCGUCAAAUAUUAGAAGGACGUGUAUGUGUAUGUGAGUCUGCUGUAACUUCUCAUGAGUCUCAUGAUUAACUUGUUCUUGGCUCCUUUUCCCUGUAGAUGACUAGUCCUGUUACUCUGAAUGUGGGAGGCCACCUGUACACCACCAGUUUAUCCACCCUGCAGCGUUACCCAGACUCCAUGCUGGGCGCCAUGUUCAGGGGAGAUUUCCCCACAACCCGUGAUUCCAAGGGGAAUUAUUUCAUUGAUCGCGACGGAACGCUUUUCCGGUACAUCCUGAACUUCCUGCGGUCAUCCGAGCUCACCCUGCCCGUGGAUUUCACAGAGACGGACCUUCUGAGGAAGGAGGCGGACUUCUAUCAGAUCCAGCCGUUGAUUCAGUGCCUUAGCGACCCCAAGCCGCUGUACCCUCCCGACAUCUUCGAGGAGGUCGUCGAGCUCUCCAGCACGCGGAAACUGUCGAAAUACUCGAACCCCGUCGCUGUUAUCAUUACACAGUUGACUAUAACGACGAAGGUCCACGCCCUGCUGGAAGGCAUCUCCAACAACUUCACCAAGUGGAACAAACACAUGAUGGACACCAGAGACUGUCAAGUGUCCUUCACUUUCGGACCAUGUGACUAUCAUCAGGAGGUGUCCCUACGGGUUCACCUCAUGGACUACAUUAUGAAACAAGGCUUCACCAUCAGGAACACGCGUGUGCACCACAUGAGUGAGCGUGCGAACGAGAACACAGUGGAGCAUCACUGGACUUUCUGCAGACCAGCUCACAAAGUUGAAGACUGAGUCGUGGGUGAUGUCUGGCUUUUUUUUUAUUCCAUGAGUCAUGCGUCGCUAAUAUAUAUUUUUUAAAUUUACAGUAGUGAUGUAAUGGUAUUGCCAAUUUCAUAAUGUCGCGAGAACAAAAGUGUCUCGAAAAACAGAAAAAAGACCAAUACAACUACUUUUUGUCUCCUCAUUCACGUCAGACCAGGGCUUGUUCUAAUCUGUAGUUUUUUUUCUCAGUUGACAGAUCAAAAAGUGUAAUUUUGUUUCCAUAGAGCAGAGUAAAGUAAGAACUACAUCAUCCGUGAUGCUUUCAGGUGUUAGAUGAAUGUAGCAUGGAUGUAGGAGGUGAGAGAGACAGAUUUUCAAAUUGUGGAUACUCACAAUAUCGCAAUAAAGAUCGUACCGUGGACUUUUUUACCGUGGUAUUAUCCUUUUUUGUGAUAUUUUGAUAUUGUUACAAUACAAAGCUAAAAGGUGAAGAAACAGUAAAAAUUUAAGUUUUAUUCACUUUCUUUUAAAUCACAAGACACUUGUUGUUUUUUUCAUGUGCCACUACAUUUUCACACAACACUUUUUUGAGGUUACAAAACAAAGCCUUUGAAUAAAGCUGAAAAAAAAGUUUUUUUUUAAAUUUAGGGAAAUCAUACUGUGCCUCAUUGAUGCAAGAAAGUGUGUACAUCAUUUUUAAUGUCAAUAGUUUUACUUUAAUGUGGUUCAAACAACUGCAUUUUUUAAAAAACCCACUCAGUGAAUAUGUGAUGUGAACAGGUUUGUCUUUGUCAAAAAGAGUCUUUUUGUUUGUUUUAUUUUUUUUACACAAUAAAAAUGAUUAUCUUUAGGCCAGUUUCUUACUGGAGAGUUUGCAGUAGAUCUUAAACAUAGUCCUUUAGCUUUUAUUAAGAGUACGGUACAGUGUCUGACGACCUAUAGUUGUUGCAUGUGUCUGUCUCGUGUACGUAAUUGUAUUUUCUGUGAUGUCAAGCUGUUACAUUUCAAGUCAGUGAUUGAUGUGUUUGGUCGUUUCAGUUAAAAUAAAUACAUUUUUGUUCUGGUCAGUCAUUAAA